AUGCAUGCCCCUACAUAUUUUGAACUCACUCCUACAAAUAGUCAUCAGCAGACUGGUGUAUAUAAUCCCAUUGGAGAUGGAUCACUUCAAUCACCUGCCGUUUCAUUUCCUCCAGAUACGCACACUCCGGUCUCAGAGCAGUUUGAUGAUAUCACUUAUCCCGGUUCUGAAGUUACUGUAAUUCAUCGCGUUCCUGGACAAGCUUUGGCGAGUUAUUGGCGCCAGGAUCCAAGCAGUGCCUUCCUACUUCAUCACGAAACUGGCGGGAAUGGAAGAUUUGAAAACGAGAGCAGUAGUACCACACUUAGUUGUGCUGAUAGUUAUCAAGCCAAUCAAAGUGCUAGAGAGAACGGUGUGACUCUUCGCGAGAAUGGACUGAAAUCUCUUCAGUCGGAUCACGAAGAAGGGACGACAGUUUGCGCAGCUUCUCAAGUAUCUGCUUCCACGAGGUGCAGUGAUGAUGAUUAUCGUGGUAGGAGAAGAAGGUCAUCAGAAGGAGAAAAUGGAAGAUAUGUUGUUGAACGUAGACACAAAAAAUCACGCAAGGUUUCUUCUCACUGUCAUUCCGAAAGUGAGAUGGAUGGAAGCAGCCGUGGUGGUAGGCACAAAAGACAUCGAUGGAAUCGACGAAAAAGUGAAGAGCAUCGCUCCCGGUCACCAUCUUGCAACUGCGAUUACUCCCAUCGAAUCUCCUGGGCACACGCCUUCGAACAUGGACACGCAAACUCCCUUCCCACAAUGAAGAAACACUAUAAUCGUGAGUCCACAUCCUCACCGAACCUGAGAAGAAAGAAGCCGAUUACAGGAAUGUUUGGAGCAAAUUUGGCAGCUUUUCGAGAGGAGGAACAGUGGUCGGAUAGUGAGCAAAUUCGAUCUCGUCCUAUAAAUGCUAAUUACUGCGGUCUUUUUGGUCUUUCAUUUGUAUGCUUUCUAGCAAUCGGUUGUCUUCUAUCUCCCAUCUUAAUGCUCAUCAUACCCAUAGCUCUCUCAUUGGGCAGAGAUGCUACCAUUGGAUUUGGAUUAUCUGCUAGAUUGCCCAUUAUGAACUCAUGCAAUGUUCGCUGUGAAGCUAAUCUACUUUCAAUAUCUGUUAAAAUGCUCCUCCUUUGUUUGACUACGUGGAAACUUUACAUUCAACCGAUUGCCUGUGUCUGUAAGAGGCUGGGAAUUCGCCCGAUGUCUGUGUCAGCUCUCCUCAGUCGGAAGUUCCGAGCUCUUGGACGUUUCAGCCUGGAUCACUCUCCAUUCGAUCCAUCUACACUUCAUCCAUACCCCUCUGCUGAACGACUUAUUGGUUUGACACUCUCCGUAAAUUUCCUGGGAGUAGGGGCAACCUGUGCCUUCUGGGUGGCUUUUGCUGCCAGGUGGAUGAAAUGGUUACUUCAACCUAGAUCAGAAUACCUCUCCGCGGUAUCUCAAGACCUUCACGCGCAAUUUGGAUUACCCGCUGCCUUGGCAACACCUUCAGAUAUUGCAGAUCAGGGUGAUCCGUCAAAUUCUUCCUAUGCUAGCCUUGUUAGUUUUGUGCUAACCUUCACAGACACACUUCUACUGCUUCAUUUGGUCGGUGUGACUUUGAGAACUUGGAAUUAUAUAAAGGGAAAUGGAAGACAUUAUGUGGUAAAAGUCAUCAGAUCUCCAGAUGGUAUCAGCAAAAGCUACAGAGUAACUGGUUCAAGUCUGGAGGUGGUUGCUACGCGGAUUAUUCAAAAGUACAAUGUUGACUUUCCGUUAUACGAUGCUCAAGUGGCAAGCGCAUCUUACCGCUAUAUUCAAAUAUCUCCUGACUCGCCAAAUAAUGAAAGCGCUAAGGCUUAUGCCCGAAGGGCCUCGGUUCGAUUACGUCAGAAACUUGCGUCCUUCUCCUGCCUCACCCAAGAAGAACAAGAAUUCCAAAUGAAGAGGUGUAGUAGCGCAGGUGGGGGAAGUUCAUUCAAAUUCUACUCACUCGAUGGACCGGAGGCUUGUUCGACCGCAGCUGAAUCAAUGACGACCUUGAAGGGGGAUGGACAAAAUGAUGGCGGUGGAAGUGACAAUGGACGUAAUGUGAAUACGCUUUGCGCCGAUCGAUAUCGCAGUGAAGCAGAGUAUGAACGAGUGCUGAAGAAGCGGCGAAUGCGUUUAUUAAUUGCAACAGAAAAGGCUUUUGCGGGGGUGGAGGCGAUGUCACCCGAAGAAAUUCGCGUGCCUGGACACAAUGGUAAGCGCAUGGUGCUUAUUGAUCGAUCGAUUUUUAAGUUGUCUGGAGAAGAUUGCACUGGCCGUUUGUUUGUAUAUUUCGAAGGAAGAACGCUGUUUACAGCAUUGGAAUGA